AUGGAUAACCACAGGGCGACUGUUGAGUAUCGGACCUUAAAGUCGAAUUUGGUAAAUCUUCCAUCGAACUUGGUGAACUUAUUGUUCACUGCGAAUAUUCAAGUGCAGGAUGUGAUUGUUGAAAUUUGUCCAAAAGACAAUCAGCAGCAGAAGCAGCAGCAGCGUUAUUAUGCGGGGUGGUCGGGAAUGUCUUCAUCGAUAGUGCAAAGCGUUGAGAUUGAUCCUGUAUUUGCUCAGGCCUUGCAGAUUAGGGAUAAGUCGAGCGUGGUGAUCAAUUUAAAAUUGGGAAAUUAUGAAACUUCAAAUAUCAAUUUGGAGCCCUUGACCAGCUCAGAUUGGGAAGUGGUUGAACUAAACGCACAGCUAAUCGAAGAUAAACUCUUGAAUCAAACCAGGUGUGUGGCCAUGAACCAAAUACUCGUGGUAUACCCAAGUUCUACAACGUCAGCGAAAUUGGUUGUCACUGAUAUCGGCACCACCUCGCACAAGUUUGCCAAGAUUUCACCAUAUUGUGAGAUAGCAAUAGCACCCAAAGUGAGGAAGAAGAAGGAAACAGUAACAGAGACAAAGAGUGUUGCCAGUUUGAAAAGUAAUGGGAAAAAAAUGGAGGAUUAUAGUGGCACAGCCUUGCUUUUGAAAAGGGGGGUAUGUCUUCCUCAUAACUUGUAUAGAGAUGCAAACAAACUUGAUACGGGGUUCAAGAUCUUUAUUGACUUGGAUCAGUUGCCCAAAGAUACAUUUGACACUUUUGCAGCAAUUGCAGUAGUACCAGGUCCAAAUGAAUAUAAAAACACGUUGGACAAGGAGGUAGUCGAGGGAGGAGGUGGAAAGGAUGUGAAGGAAAACAGAAGAAUCAUAGCCGAAUUGGUGGAUUACAAAGGAGGGCUGGGUAAUAUUGGGUUGUCUCAGGAUUUGGCAAUAGCUCUAAACAUUCAAGGCCAAAUUGGUAACAUCAUUGCCUUGAGGCCGGCAAUAAAAAGCUUGUCCAAGAGGCCCUCUACAUUUGUAAUUCAUCCUUACACCAUCCACUCAAACAAGAAAAAGGAAAUCAACCAAACCAAAACUUUGAAAUCUGCUCAAAUGUUGAAAGAUGCUCUUUACCCUCAAAUUGCAGAUACGGCCAUUACAAAUUUUGUCAAGAUACGAGCAAUUCCUGGUGUUCUUCCUUAUGGAGGGCUUGUUAAAUUUAGAAGUAACGAUAAUUAUAACGCUUGGAUCAAACCAUAUGAUCUUGAAAAGAAGAAGCCGAUUAGAAUUGAACUUGCCGACGAGUUGUUUCGCCCGCAAUCGUUUGUAAUACAGGAGAUAAACAAUAAACAGGACUACACACUGGAUAAAAGCAUCGAUGAGACGCCUAUCGGAAUUAAUGAAACAAUAGAUGAUAUAGUGGAUUCAUUUUUGGUAUCUGAAAACACAGGGACUUUGGUGUAUGGGAGCUCCGGAAGCGGGAAAAGUUUGUAUCUCAAACAAAUUGGUAAUCGGUUGAAUGAGGAGUAUGGAUACUUUGUCAAGCACAUAUCCUGCGAGUCGCUUAUGAAUGAAAACUACCAAAAUCUUUCCAAGAAUCACGUAUUCAAAUGGCUACAACAAUGUUCUUGGAAUCAACCAUCAUUAUUGGUUUUAGAUAAUAUAGAUAAAAUCAUGAAUGUGGAGACGGAGAAUAUGGAUGCAACAAAAUCAAAUCAGACAACAGAAUACUUUAUAUCGCAAUUGACCAAGUUGCACAAUCAAAAGAAUUCAAAUGUUUCCAUUCUAUGUUCCGCAGUAUCUAAAGAAAGUGUUAAUAAGUUAAUUUUGGGAUCGCAUUUAAUUGAAAACUACAUUCACAUCAAUGCGCCAGACAAGGCUUUACGCUAUAAGAUUUUGGAAGGUAACUUGGUCAAUAACUUGGGAUGCGAAAUAAGUAUGGAUUUGAUGGACUUGGUAAGUGAGACAGAAGGUUAUUUACCAAAUGACUUGAAAAUAUUGUCCCACCGAAUAUAUCAUCAAUGUCUAGCGGAUUCAGAUUCAAUGGAGAAGCAGGAUAAAGAAGAAGAAGAAGAAAAAGAAAAAGAAAAAGAAGAAGAUAGUAAUAAUAGUAAUAGCAAUUAUCAUCAUCAUCAUCAUCACGUUGUACUGGAGGAGCACGUUGACAAGGCAUUGAGCGGUUACACGCCAUCUAGUUUACGCGGAGUUAAAUUACAAAAGUCUGGAACAAGUUGGUCUGAUAUUGGGGGGCUUACUGAUGCCAAGAAAAUAUUAUUAGAGACGUUGGAAUGGCCAACUAAAUAUGCGCCUAUAUUUGCCAAUUGUCCCUUAAGGUUGAGGUCUGGUAUUUUACUUUAUGGUUACCCAGGAUGUGGGAAGACUUUACUAGCGAGUGCAAUAGCAGGACAAUGUGGAUUGAAUUUUAUUUCGAUAAAAGGUCCUGAGAUCUUGAACAAGUACAUUGGUGCUUCAGAACAAAGUGUCAGGGAGCUUUUUGAAAGAGCACAAGCGGCAAAACCAUGCAUUUUGUUUUUUGACGAGUUUGACUCCAUUGCGCCAAAGAGAGGACAUGACUCAACUGGUGUUACUGACCGUGUGGUGAAUCAAAUGUUGACACAAAUGGAUGGUGCAGAAGGUUUGGAUGGUGUGUAUGUAUUAGCUGCAACUUCGAGACCAGAUUUGAUUGAUAGUGCAUUAUUGAGGCCAGGUAGAUUGGACAAGAGCGUAAUAUGUGACAUGCCGAAUUUCGAAGAUAGACUAGACAUUUUGAAGAGUAUAACUACAAAGAUGGAUUUGGAGGAGAAUGUUGAUUUAGACGAGAUUGCCAAAAAAACCGCUGGAUUCAGUGGGGCUGAUAUGCAGGGAUUGGCAUAUAACGCAUACUUGAAAGCUGUACAUGUGAGACUAGAUGCAUUAGAAAAGGAAGAAAACUCUGAACUGGCAAAAGAGGAUGAAUCUUCGGUUGAGUUUUUUAAAGUAGGAAACGAGAAAGAGUCAAAAAUGAAGAGUUCAGAAAGAGUUAAACUUUUGCACCAGAUUCAGCAGUUUCUUAACAAUGAGAAAUCGAAUAGGGCAAAGGAAACCACUAAUGAUUCAGGAAAAAAGAAAGUUGAGCAACCAAAGAUGUUGAUAACGCAGGAGAACUUCAUAGACUCGUUGCGGGAGACCAAGCCAUCCAUUUCUCAGUCUGAGAAAACAAAACUUCGUAGAAUCUACUCACAAUUUGUUGAUGGAAGAGAUGGAAACAUGCCCGAUGGAUCUGCAAGUAAUGAAAUUGGAGGUCGAACCACUUUAAUGUGA